UACCUAUUUGAGAUAUUGCCUCUCUCUCUCUCUCUCUCUCUCUCUCUCUCUUCUGUGAUUUUGAACGAUUGGCAUUCAGCUUCCGAUCGCAAGAUCACAACCGGAUCUGUAAUGGCGGCAGUCAAAUCAGGCGCAAAGAAACGAGUCUUCGAAUCCGGAACCUCGAAGUCAGAGAAAAGGAAGCAAGUCGUCAUCGAAGACGAUUUGGAUGCAGAUCUCUCCAGUGAAAUCAAAGGCAUUGUAUCGGCGCUGCGGCUAGUCAGAGAGAAGGCGCAGAAGAAAGGCCAGAAGAAGAACGAGGAGAGCAUUUGGAGUAUCGCUUCAGAGGUCAAAUCUAGGCUUGACGAGUUGCAGACGAAAUUUGAGAAAGACAGGAAAAGUCUUGCCAAGGCACUUUCAAAGAGCUCAAAGGAGUGUGAAAACUUAUUGAAGAAUGAGACUUCCAAAUUCCAAGCAGUUCACGAAAAAUUCUGCAACGAGAGGGCAGCACAUCUUCAGGCCUUAAAAGACGCCAUCUCCGAACAUGAGGAAGAGAAGGAAAGGCUUUCCAUACGGUAUGAACAACAGAGGAAAAAAGAAAAGAAUAUGAUCUCUGAACAUGAGAAAACCUGCGCAAACAAAAUAGCUGAAUUGGAAGCGUCCCUGAAGAAGAAGCAGGAUGACAAAACCUUCAACGUUUUGAGGAGGACUUUGGGUUCUUUCCUGGAAACUGCAUCGGAGGAGUAUUUCCUGCUCGAUGAUUGAAGGUUUCUUCAUAAGAUUCCUUCUUUCACUGUGUACUUCUCCGAAAUUGCUGGUAAGUACGAGGAUACAUCUGCGGGCAUUAUUAUUUUGGCUUUGAAGCAACUCUUAGAAAAUUACUUGGUUCCGUGUACAUUCGUUCAACAAGUAAUAUCGCAAAUUUUUCUUAGAACCUCAUGGAAUUGAGAGUGUAACAUCAUGAAUCAGGAUUCAAGACCAUUGUGAGAUGUGAAUUCUUACCAACAAAC